AUGACAACAAGCGUGGAUGAAUGGAACUACGUCCCGUCUAAAUUAAACGUUGCAGAUGCUGCUACCAAAUGGAAGGAUGGACCUAGUUUUGACAACAAUAAUCCAUGGUACAGCGCACCAGAGUUCCUCUACAAGCCGCCGAUUAAUUGGCCGAAAAAAUCCGCGACAGAUGAUGCUGAUACAGAUGCAGAGCUUCGCACCGUUUUCUUGUUCCAUGGUACAGUGCAGCAACCGCUGAUAGACACGUCAAGAUUUUCUAGCUGGAACCGACUGUUAAGAGUAGCUGCCUUUGUUUUACGGAGUGUUCGACGUUUUAAAGGAGAAAAGUUACCCAACCCAAGCCUGUUGAUCCAAGAAGAACUUCAGAACGCGGAGAAACUACUGUGGCGGCAAAUCCAAGCUGAGGCUUAUCCUGAUGAGGUGGCAAUCAUGAAACGAAACCUUUUGCUUCCCAAAGAAUCUGUAGUAAUUCAAAAGUCAAGUCCGCUUUAUCGCCUCUCGCCCUUUAUGGACGAGUGCGGAAUCAUCCGGUUGAACAGUAGAAUUACAGCGGCGCCGACGGUUCCCAUAGAAACUAAAUAUCCCAUUAUCUUGCCGAAGAAACACACUGCGACUAUUCUGAUCGUAGAAAAUUAUCAUCAGCGCUACCUUCAUGGAAACGGAGAGACUGUGUGUAACGAAAUGCGACAACGUUUCUACAUAACAGGUCUACGAGGAGUUAUUCGUCAAGUCUCAAGUAGAUGCCUGUAUUGUCGCAUUAGAAAGGCUGUUCCUCAUCCGCCAAUGAUGGGGUCCUUACCAGAAGCCAGAGUAACGGGAUUUGUGAGACCGUUUACGCAUACUGGAGUGGACUAUUUUGGGCCGUUAAUGGUGAAACAAGGACGAAGCCUGGUGAAGAGAUGGGUUGCGCUUUUCACUUGCCUCUCAGUUCGUGCUAUACAUCUGGAGAUAGUACAUAGUUUGUCCACUCAGUCGUGCGUGAUGGCAAUUCGUCGCUUUGUGGCUCGCCGGGGUUCUCCAGAGUCAUUCUACAGCGAUAAUGGAACGAAUUUCGUAGGGGCGAGUAACCUGCUGGCGAAACAGAUCCAAGAUAUUCAAAAUAAGUGCGCCUCGACAUUCACCAACUCCAAAACCAGGUGGUGCUUCAAUCCGCCUUCUGCGCCUCACAUGGGAGGAUCAUGGGAGCGUAUGGUUCGCUCCGUGAAAACGGCUAUGUCCACUAUUGCUGAUCAUCCACAUCACCCAAGUGACGAGGUAUUGGAGACGGUACUCCUAGAAGCUGAAGCUAUUAUCAACUCCCGACCGCUUACAUAUAUACCACUAGAGAGCCCGGAGCAAGAAUCCUUAACGCCAAAUCACUUCCUGCUAUAUGGUACACAGGGGAUUGUGCAACCUGAAAUAGGUAUCGACGCUGGCGGACAUAAUCUACGGGACAGCUGGCGUCUUUCUCAGAGUCUAGUGAAUCAUUUCUGGCAUCGUUGGAUCCAUGAGUAUCUCCCAACAAUAACUAGGCGUACCAAGUGGUUUGAACCAACGAAGCCACUUGAACCAGGAGACCUGGUACUGGUGGUCGAGGAAACUAAGCGGAAUGGGUGGCUACGAGGAAAAGUCGUGGAAGUGGUGAAGGCCAAUGAUGGACAAGUGCGGCGUGCUGUGAUACAAACGAAAAACGGAUUAAUAACUCGUCCGGCAGUGAAGAUAGCUCCACUAGACCUCAGGGCAUCUGGAUUCCCCGGAACUACACGGGCGGGGGAAUGUAACGAGACAACAGGGCAUUCUCGUUCGUUGACUGAUCCGUGA